AGGCACCCCAUGUGCAGUACGAGCGCCUGGGUUCAGAUGUGACAUUGCCAUGUGGAACAGCAAACUGGGAUGCAGCUGUGACAUGGCGGGUUAAUGGGACAGAUCUGGCCCCUGACCUGCUCAACGGCUCUCAGCUGGUGCUCCGUGGCCUGGAAUUGGGCCACAGUGGCCUCUAUGCCUGCUUCCACCGUGACUCCUGGCACCUGCGCCACCAAAUCCUGCUACAUGUGGGCUUGCCGCCGAGGGAACCUGUGCUCAGCUGCCGUUCCAACACUUACCCCAAAGGCUUCUACUGCAGCUGGCAUCUGCCUACCCCUACCUACAUCCCCAACACCUUCAAUGUGACCGUGCUGCAUGGCUCCAAAAUUAUGGUCUGUGAGAAGGACCCGGCCCUCAAGAACCGCUGCCAUAUCCGAUACAUGCACCUGUUCUCUACCAUCAAGUACAAGGUCUCCAUAAGUGUCAGCAAUGCCCUGGGUCACAACGCCACGGCUAUCACCUUCGACGAGUUCACCAUUGUGAAGCCUGAUCCUCCAGAAAACGUUGUAGCCCGGCCAGUGCCCAGCAACCCUCGCCGACUGGAGGUGACAUGGCAGACCCCCUCAACUUGGCCUGAUCCUGAGUCCUUUCCUCUCAAAUUCUUUCUGCGCUACCGACCCCUCAUCCUGGACCAGUGGCAGCAUGUGGAGCUGUCAGAUGGCACAGCGCACACCAUCACAGAUGCCUACGCUGGGAAAGAGUACAUCAUUCAGGUUGCAGCCAAGGACAAUGAGAUUGGGACAUGGAGCGACUGGAGUGUGGCUGCCCAUGCCACACCCUGGACUGAGGAACCACGACACCUCACCACUGAGGCCCAGGCCCCGGAGACCACGACCAGCACCACCAGCUCCCUGGCACCCCCACCCACCACGAAGAUCUGUGACCCUGAGGAGCUGGGCAGCGGUGGAGGACCCUCAGUACCCUUCUUGAUCAGUGUCCCUGUCACUCUGGCCCUGGCUGCCGCUGCCACCACUGCCAGCAGUCUCCUGAUAUGAGCCCGGCAUCCCAUGAGGACAUGCCAGAGCACCUGCAGAGGAGCAGGAGGCCGGAACUGAGCUUGCAGACCCCGGUUUCUAUUUUGCACACGGGCAGGAGGACCUUUUGCAUUCUCUUCAGACACAAUUUGUAGAGACCCCGGCGGGCCCGGGCCUGCCGUCCCCUAGCCUUGCCACACCAAGCUACCCCCCCCUCCUUCUCUCAGGGGAGGAGGACCAUGCAGCUAACCCACCCACCAAAGACCCUCCCCCCUUACCUUGCCCCCUGGGGCUGGACUCUCCAACGC